AUGGCAAGAUUGUACCUUUUUCUCUUUGUUGUAAACGUUUUAAACAUUUUUAACUGUGUUUUUUGUCAAAAUGUCGACAUUAAAAAUUUAUUUUAUUCAAACGUAGACGAUUUAUUCAACGUACAAAACGAUCGUAGGAUUCCGGUGCAUCCAGUUGAAGUCCAAGGAUGGCCGAAAAAAUCACUUAAUCUGGGUCAAGUUGUUGGAGUUGCCGUUAACUUGAAUCAUCAACCGGUCAUUUUCCAUCGAGGGCCAAGAGUAUGGGACGAAACGUCCUUCAAUGAAUCACAUCAAUUUCAAUAUGUUAAUCAGGGUCCGAUUUCUGUUGACACGAUUUUAACGUUGGAUUCUGACACGGGCGAAGUCAUUAACAGCUGGGGUAGUAAUUUCUUUUACAUGCCGCACGGUCUUACGAUAGAUAAUUACGGAUAUUAUUACAUGACCGAUGUUGCUCUUCAUCAGGCGUUCAAAUUCAAACCCGAAUCGAAAACACCGUCUUUGGUUUUCGGACAGAGAUUCGAACCCGGUUCUGGUCUUCAUCAUUUGUGCAAGCCAACAGACGUUGCUGUCGCUACGACCGGAGAAAUAUUCAUCGCCGACGGAUACUGUAAUUUCAGGAUACUAAAAUACGAUUCGAACGGGAAUUUGCUCAACGUCAUACCGCAAAACGAAGAACUUUUACCGUUGAAAGUUCCACACAGCAUCACUCUUCUCCAGGAUUUGGAUCUUUUAUGCAUAGCCGAUCGAGAAAACAUGAGAGUCGUUUGUCCCGAAGCGGGUUUCAGAGAUUUCCCGAUCGGAACGAAUCCCGCGGUAACAGUUCAAGAACCGGGAAUGGGAAGAAUAUUCGCGGUUACGUCGUACGGCAAUAAAAUAUUUGCGGUCAACGGUCCGUCUUUACCGAUGGUACAAAUAAGAGGAUUGACUAUCGAUCCCAUCGACGAAAUCAUUACAGACCAAUGGACGACGUCGACGGGAUUCGAAAACCCACACGACGUGGAAAUUUGUCACAACACGAGUUCCCUUUAUGUCACCGAAACCGGACCGAACCGAAUUUGGAAAUUCAGGCUGGUGCAACUAUACUAA